AUGUAUUCUGCAUCAUUCUUCGCGUCAGCGUCACUUCUCCUGGCAUUCCUCUCCUCCAAAGUCUCCUCAAGGGGCUUCGAUCGCCGACAGGACAGUACCCCGACAUUGACCACUGGUUGCGGAGAUGCAGACCUGACUCCGGCUAACUGGAAUGCCAACGAUAUUGACGCCGUUGUGACCGGCACCCCUGGCUUUGGCCAAUCUGCAAACUUUCCUCAGCAAUUCGUCGCGCAGUUCAAUACCAACCAAUUCACCAAUGACCCCUUUGAUUGCACCAAUUUCAACGACCCAGGGGCCUGCUUGAUCCCUGGACCAUUUCCCGACAACGUUUUCUGCGAUACUUUCUCCAAUCCACAAGUCGGCUUCAUCGUCCAGUCUUGGAUUAACUUGUACAACAACUUGAGGAACAUGUACUAUGCCAUACAAGACGCCCACGACCAGCUGGUUUCUGAGGGUUACAUCGCCGCCAUGGUCAACGACAUCUCGCCCCAACCUCUGCCGAUAUCGCGUUCCACCCUUCUGAAACUGGUAGACCUGUCCCUGGACUUCAUCCCUAUCCCCGGUGCAGGUGCCGAAGUCGCGGCGAUCAAAACAGUGCUCAAAACCUUCAAGAAGAUAGCCGGUAAGGUCGUGGACAAAGCCCAGCAGGAUGUCGACGACGCCCCGCAGACUCUGCAAGAUCAGCCCCAGAUCCUACAAACCCUACUCGACAACGCCGUCCCCAACGUCCAAGCCGCUAUCAUGGACCAGCUGCAAGCCGUUUUUGUCGACGCCCAGCCCGACGACUCGAGUGCCCAGAUCCUUCUUGGUGGCGUGCAGCUCAACCCUGUUCCGAGUCAGUCCGACUAUGCGACCAUCAUGGCGCAGAACCUACGCACUUUCCUCCUUGCCGAGGCCAUGAACAAGAUCCAAAUGCUCCAGAUCGUUGACAAUAUCGUGGCCGACUGUGACAGCGGGCCCGAGGACACGCUGUCGGCAGACGGCUCGCAAUGCCGCCGUUUCGGGCUCCCAGAGGGCGACGGCACCAUCCCCACUGCCGUGACAAUUGACCAUCCGAACGCGAUGGGCGACCUCGAGGGCCGGUUUGGCUUCUCCAUCGCGGCCAUUGCGGACAACGCGCAAGCAUGUGCUGCAGCGGGUCAGGACUUCUCCAACGUCGACUUUGAUGGAUUUUUGGAGAGUGAUACUCCGGGGGUCUAUCCUACCUGUCUAUUUGGUGUGCCAUCUCACAACGAGAACUUCUAA